CAUAUUCGAUUGCCUUUCUUGCCCUACGCCGCCAGCUUCCCACGGAGCCACCACCCUCCACUUCUCACCACUGCCGUCUCCUUCCCAAACUCGGCUGCCGUCUCCUUUGAUUCCACGGCCUGCCACGCAGCAGCAGCAAAACUCCUAGUCAACCCUUCAACUCGCCUACUACUCCUACUAGCUCCUUCUUUUCUUCGAUCUCCGCAAUCUACAGCUUUGCUUCUCCCGGCUCGAGCGGCUAGGGUUUCGGGAGUGCGCGGUGAGACGGCAUGACAACGCGGGGAGCUAAGCGCGCGGCCACCUCCGACCCCGCCGCACCCGAUGGCGGAGUCUUCCCAUCAGCAUGUGAUGGCAGGACCCGCUAGUUUAGAUCCUCGGCGGGCGGAGGCUGCUAGCAAACAUGUGAGGGCACUUAAUACCCAGUUUGCAAGCUGGGUUCAAUUGCAGCUGCAAAAUCAUCCAGCUGAACUUUGGGAGGACGGCCUUAAGGAUUACAUAUCACAUGCUUCUGAAAUCAUGGAAAAAUUCAAGGAUGUUGUCAACUGGCUAAGGCAAAAUCAAGCAGGUUCAAUAGUUGUUUCAUCCCCAAGCUCACUGAAGGAUGAUAAGUCCAAUCUGCCAGCAGCAGAUGAUAGCAAGCUCUUAGUACAGCCAAGUUCAGAUAACAAACAGAAGGCUCCAAUUAUGGCUUCUAGUUCUUCAUCUUUUCAGAACUCAAGCUUACCGAACCUUUUUUCAUCGCCUUCUCAGCAAAAAACACCAGAUUACAGUGGUAUGUUUGCUGACAAGAAGAACACGUCCAGUGAUAGCAGUAAACCAGCUUUCCAGUUUGGUGGAAAUAAUGUCAUAUUUGGUGGCAAGAAGGAUGCACCUGUUGACAGCAGUAAACCUUUCCAGUUUGGUCCGAAUAAUGGCAUAUUUGGUGACAAGAAGGAUACUCCCAGUGACAGCAGCAAACCUUUCCAUUUUGGUGCAAACAAGGGCAUAUUUGGCGACAAGAAGACGACAAGUGGUGACAGCAGUAAUCCUUUUCAGUUUGGUGCAAAUAAUGGUUUUCCAACAUCCAAUGCACCAUCUAUUUUUUCUUCAGUUGCCCAAAGUUUUAACCCACAGAGUCCACCUCUGUUUUCAAUGAAUCAACAAUCAGUCCUCCCAGGAAACCAAAAUACUUCUGAAGCUUCAGCUGACGCAGAUGAAGAUGCUGAACCUGAGAAGCCAAGCAGCCCUUCUGUAAAGAAGGCAGAAGAGAAGGGGGUAGUUGUCGUUCAUGAAACCAAAUGCAAGGUGUAUGUCAAGCAUGAUGAUGCCACUAAGGGUUGGAAAGACAUUGGUGUUGGUCAGCUCUCUAUCAGAAGUAAAGAAGGCACAGAGAAAGCUUCCAAAGAAUCCACUCCUACCAUUGUUAUAAGAAACGAUGUUGGUAAAAUCCUCCUGAAUGCUCUGAUCUACAAGGGGAUAAAAAUGAACCUUCAGAAGAAUACGGUUGCUUCGAUAUUUCAUACUUCAGAUGCACAAUCAAGUGAAUCAGCUGGUGACACAGUUGUAGCUCGAACAUACCUGUUCCGAUUGAAAAAUGUAGAGGAGGCUACAAAACUAUCGACAGCAAUCAAGGAGAAUGCGCCCUCAGACUAGUUCUUACGGCAUGGAUUAUCAUCUCGAAUCUCCGCUUUUGGCACGAGCUGUAAGAUCUGAAGGGGACACCACCGAUGGCCACUGCGGCAGGCUAAAAGAUGCCUUGCAGAGUUUCUUUAUUUUUUUUUGUUCUCCUAGCUGCAUCAAGAUAUCUUGCUUGUAACUUGUAAGGCUGACUGGCUGGUUAUGUAUUAGUACUUUCAUGUACCAUCUUUUGCAUUGACAAGAUUAUUGAGCAUGCUUGCAGCCCAUCAUGUCACCGCAGGCAGCAAAGCAAGUGGCAAUGGUUCAAGUCUGGGAUGCAAC